AUGGACGAAAUUAGGGUUCUGCUUGUCCGUGAUGUCCUGAAACGCCGUUUCAUCAGGCGUCUCCAGCACCCUCGCCGUGUCCCGGGUCUUCUCCUUGCGGCGAUUCUCCCGAACAAAGGCGCGUCUCAGGAGCAGGAGGAGCGCGAGUUCUACACAGUCGGCCACGAGGAGGGAGCCAACACCCAGCCGGUACGACGGCGCCUGGUCAGGCCUGUAGAAGAAGGGGCCGGCAAUGUUGCCAACGCAGGCGCCGAGCCAAAUCAUGCCCGAGACAAUCAUCUUCUUGGACUGGCCGCCCGUGUUUGA